GUACUGCGCUUGACUUCACAUCUGUUGCUGCAUCCGUCCCCCGCCCAACUCGCGACCCAGGCAGAGACCAUCGCAGAUCUCACCUUCCAGAGGAACAUGCUCCUCGUAGAAAGGGCCGAGGACCAUGCGCGCUUCAAAGCGGAAAGGGACUGCUGGAGCAGGAGUGCGGACGUCCUGCUCGCGAAGGCCCGCGUAGCGCAGGAACCCAUCGUCAAGGAACAGGAAAUGCAGCGCUACAUAUCUCGUCUCGAGGAUGACAUCAAGGCGUACCGUUGCAGACUAUCCGACACACAAACUCGCAUGUCGUCGCUGGAGGGCGAGCUUUCCCGAAUACGACCGUUGCUCACGAUGCAGGCCACAGUCCUGCGCGAU